GUCACCAGGAUGAAGAAUGUAUAUUAGAAAUACAUCCGUCUAAACUUUCAUUUUAGACCAUUUUACCUUAUUUUCCAUCCUAUUCAGGAGGGUUAUUCAAAAGUCAAGAUGGCCUGUGCCAGUGCUGCGAACUCAAAAGAGUUUUUAAUUAACACAAAGUACCGUUUAUUGAGGAAAAUAGGCAGUGGUUCUUUCGGCGAUAUUUAUUUGGGAAUGAACAUUACCAAUGGCGAGGAAGUGGCUGUUAAGUUAGAGUCCUUAAAAGCGCGACAUCCACAGCUUUUGUAUGAAAGCAAGCUGUAUAAAAUACUACAGGGUGGUGUCGGAAUCCCCCAUAUUCGAUGGUAUGGCACAGAAAAAGAUUACAACGUGCUAGUCAUGGACCUUCUGGGACCAAGUCUUGAAGACUUAUUCAACUUCUGUGGUAGAAGAUUCACAAUGAAGACCGUGCUAAUGUUAGCUGACCAGAUGAUUGGUCGAAUUGAAUAUGUCCACAACAAAAAUUUUAUUCACCGAGAUAUUAAGCCAGACAACUUCCUCAUGGGCAUAGGCAGGCACUGUAACAAGGUUUUCCUGAUUGACUUUGGUCUUGCCAAAAAGUAUCGGGACAAUAGGACAAGGCAGCACAUACCCUACCGAGAGGACAAAAAUUUGACAGGCACUGCCCGAUAUGCUAGUAUCAACGCUCACCUGGGAAUUGAGCAGAGUCGACGCGAUGAUAUGGAGUCAUUGGGAUAUGUCUUGAUGUAUUUCAAUAGAGGAAGUUUACCGUGGCAAGGACUAAAGGCCGCAACUAAAAAACAGAAAUAUGAGAAGAUUAGUGAAAAGAAGAUGUCAACACCUGUUGAAACGUUAUGUAAGGGUUUCCCUGCAGAAUUUGCCAUGUACUUGAACUACUGCCGUGGUUUACGAUUCGAGGAGGCGCCAGACUACAUGUACUUACGCCAACUCUUCCGAAUUCUGUUCAGAACACUCAAUCAUCAGUAUGACUACACAUUUGAUUGGACCAUGUUGAAGCAGAAGGCGACUCAACAGGCUACCGCUUGCAACUCACAGCAGGCGGUGGCUCCAGGAACGGCCCGCGGGCUCACAGAACAGUCAAAAACAAAGGGUGGCCGUUAGGAAGCCCUUGAUCUCCAAACAUGUCAGGUGUACUGACAACUCUGUAAUGGAGCUUCCCUAGGAUUGAUAACCAGGAGAUUGCUCUUGAUGUCCUGAUGGGUUCUGAAGGUGUGGCAGUUGUUAACUUGUUAGGAAUGGGAACGUUGAGAUUCGAGUGAUUGUUGAGCUUGGCUCGUGCUCAAUUAGGGCCUCAGAAAUCCUCUCCUAAGUUCUGGUUUGUGCUAUCUGACGUAAAAUGUGAUGUGUUAUCUUGUCUUUCAAGUUUUACUUGAAAUAUCAUUAGCAUAUUAUGGACAGGAAGUAAUGGGCCAUAUUGUCAUAAUUUCUCAUCUUUUAGGAAUUGUUGUUUUACUGUCUCUGCCUGGCGACGUGUACAUCACAUAGAAUUGCCAACUCCAUAAUGUAUUGUAACUGACAGGUUGAUAAUGAUUGGGAGCAGGAUUGGCAGUUUGUCAUCUGAUUUGGCAAUCUGCAAUUUUUUCAGGUGGUAGAUGUACAUGUUGGCAUAUUGGAAAUGCAAGUGGCCAUACUGAUAGCUAAUCACUUGGAAAGAAUUGGUUUUUAACCUAAUGUCAUUUCGGGCGUAUGGAAUUGUGUCUCAAAUACUAAAAAAAUAUGUGUGAUGUAUAUGGAAUAUCAAAGCCACUAAGGAAAUGGCUAAAAGUAUCCAUGUUUAAAAACGGGAGACUUGACUAUGUUCAAUAAUGGAUUAAUGCAUUAAUUCAUUAUUGCUAUGUUGUAUAUAAGUGGGAUUUGCUGUACAUUGGGCAUGUACAUGAGACAAUGCUGUAAAUACAAUGGACCAAUAGGACGUUGAUGUUGGUUUGAAGUGAUAUUAGCCAGUUGGGUUAUGCCACCAAAAGUCUGCCGUGAUCAACUGUAUUUUAAAUAGGAGUGUGUAAAUUAAUCUACCUGUGAGUCCGGCUUUCUUGGGGUGAGACGAACUUUACUCGGAAUCAAAGUUGUGCCCGUCUGUCAAUCAAUCAAACAGACAUAUGCUUCGGACAGGAUAUACCAGUAAACAUCAUUAGAGUAUUUUAUUGGAGAUGUUGUACAGAUAAUGUUGAAGGCACUGCAUUAUAGCCGCAGGUCAGCCUGCUUCAGAGAAGUCAUUUGUAAAUAUUGCACAGUUGUUUUAGAGACUUCUCCUAGUGUCUCCAUUUUAUUUGAGUUAGAGAAUGUGUCAGUGUUAUUUUCAUUUUGGGAGGCCUUUUACAGUUCAUUGAUUUAGAGGAAAAAUGUAUGUCAGUAAUCAGGAUAUGAUAUCUAAAGGGGAUGUUUUCUUCGGUUGGGUAAAUUGCUUGAGUGGGCGGCUUUAAAUUUACAGCUUGCAGGCGGUGGUAUACAGGUCUUGCUUUGAAUUGAAUAUAUAAAAAGUUGGCUUGUUUAACUGGGAGAUCGAUGAAUAAAUCUGCCAAGUUGAGAGCUGUGGGGGUCUCUGACCGGUGAUCAUGAGGUCCCUUGUUUGGUCCCCACUGUCAGCGUGAGCCUUUGGAGUAAAAAAGUCUUGACAUAAUAUACAUGUUCCCUUUCCUCGUUGAUAAUCACUGGGUUCAGUUUUCACUAAGCAUUGUGAAUCUAAAUUGUGCUAAAACUUCUAGUUCACUCUCUUAGCAAUGUAUUUUGAAGCAAAAAAUCAUAAGAUUUGAGCAUGGAGUUCCAUGACAUUCGGGCAUGGUCUUCACUUUUGGCCUGUAAUUUCUUCAGGAUUAUCUGGAUUGGGCAAAUACAUGGAAAAAUAGUGGUCAGUUUUAUAGUUUUCUCAACUAAUCUCGGUACUAGAAUUAAGCCGUUCAGAUUAUCAGGGUGAAAAGCAAGAGCUUCCCUGUUCCCACCCGGUUAUCUGUAUCAAAAAUAUUUUCAAAUCGAAGGCAAUUCUGUAGGAGUUAAUUGUAUCUUAUCAAUCAUUUUGUAAUAAUAUUUUUCUGUGUUAAAUUCUCACUCACUGUGACCAAGAUAGCUGUACUUAUUUAAGCGGCUUGGGCUUGGUUGAAACUCUCUGUACAUAGAAAAUUGACCACAAGGUCAGUUGUUAAACUCUACGUAAUUUUAAGUGUAAACGUGUAGUAAUCCAUUAGCAUUGGCACUGUACUAAGUGCAGGUCACCCAAAAAUGAAAUUGAAAGGCACUUUAUAUUACCGAAGUAACAUACCGUUCUAUGAUUGUUAAUUGUUCAUAGACUUCUGAGUCGGGAGGGCCUUGGAUUAUGCGACCACCAGAUUAUCUUGUUGUGUAGGGGUGGAUGUUCAUGCCAAAUAAUAUCUGCCAAAUGUCCCUGACCCAGUUGGUCAAACAGUGUUCGAGACAAACAUUAGCGUCAGCUAAACUGAGCGUUGUCACCUUCAGGAAAUUUCGUUUACAGCUACAAUAGCAGAAUUAGGACCUAAUGCAAGUGUUACAUCUAGUGCUGGUUGAGCAGCUUAGCCCUGGAGAACAUGCACACAGGUAAGAUGAGUGAGCAGCAUUGAUUCCCCUUAGAAUUCGAGUGAAUCAAGUGAAUCGGAAUUAAAUGGACUUUAUUUUUUGAGAAUUUGAUGUAACAAUGUAUUAGUCAAUCAACGUUACAUAUUGAACGGGAGAAUAUAGGGAAGGCUGUGCUGGGGUUCAUUGUCUAUAACUAAAGGCAAGGCAGGUGAUGUCAGUAUGUGCCAUUGUUGGGAAAAACCUGUUACAUAAUCUCAUCCCUGUGCUUUCCCUUUAAGUAAGAAAAAUAUUGUCAAGGUAUUUAAAAUCGUUCCAGAUACUUCUGAAGUAUGUGCUUGCCAGUGUUUUGGAAAUAAAAAACUGUAAUGUAAAAUA